AAUAAGAUUCAGUUUGUAAAAGAUAUUCUAAUACGAUUGCAUACUAGGUUAGUCUCAACCUUUCCUUUUGUACUGUUUUUCAUAGGCUGUAUACCAUUACUUUUGAUGCCAUUAGACAGUAUGAAUGAGCUUCUGUUAUAAACAUCCCCUUAAAUAAUCGGCUAUGAUAAGCAUUCCCUGUUGUACAACAAAGACAACAUAAGUUCUUUUACCUCUUGCCUUGCAGUGUAGGGAGGGUGAUGGUGGUAGUGGUGAAGGCGGCUCUAGACAGUUGACUCCUUGUGAAGUGGUGCGGAGGAGACACCCCUUAAACUUCCCCCGCUCCCCCAGGCCCCCAAGGCAUUCAUACUAUGAAGGUUCAUCUCCCGAUUCAUACCUCUUAACGGCUGUUCUCAUUCAUUCUCUAAAGCAUGGCUCAGGCAAGGUGUGUCAGGAGCCUCAUUGCAAUGUAUGCAUCACCAGAUUUGGGCAAAAUCUAAGGGAAGCUUGUGGACUUGACCUCAGUAUGAUCAGUCAGAAGGGAGAUGACUCACUUGAUGCAUCAUUACCAACUGCUCUGUAUAGUCGAUCCAUCUCACAGGAGGGUAAUGAAGUGAAGAACUGGAAACAUGAUAGGAAAGAUUACCUUGACAUAUCCACAGACAUGCAAGAACUUUCCCAGGUAUCUCCUCUUAGCAGUCCUUCUAGUUCAUUCCCCUAUGCACAGAUCAGUCCCUUACCAAGCCCACAGUCCUCCUUAACAAUGAGCUCCACUUUGACUUCGAGAAAUCCAACAUUAUCUUUAACAACAUGUGAAAGUUCUGCUCCACUGUUAGAGUCAGAACUAUCCUCUCUUGACAUAUCAUCUCUAACUGAUGUAACCAUGUCCUCCAGCAUGCUGUCAAAUUCAACACUUUCCUUACAACAAUCUGAAUGCUUACUGGCAUCGGAAAGUAACAUUACCUCAUCAGAACUCUCUCUCAUCACGGCAAGUGACUGUGGCACUCUAGUGGGAUCGUUUCCUUCUGAAACAUUCCCAUCAGCAGCAUGCUCUUCAGAAACAAUAUCUUCAGAAACAUAUCCAUGUGACACUUACCCCAAGUGUCGUGAAAGUGGCGACCUGAUGUCCAGCUCUGUGCACUCAUUGCCCUCUCGCCUGACACUUAAGGAUCGUUCCUCGGCCUCUCUUCUGCGGCCUGUGCUGCUGUCCUCUGGAUCUCUGGUUCUCCUACCCCGUCGCCCCUCUCUGGUAUCCCCCCCUUCUGUCUCCUCUGCAUCCUCACAGGGACACUUUAAAUGGGAAGAGAACCCCUGCUAUGUACGAGUAGAGAGUGGAAGGCCAGGAGAGGGCCACGUCUUCCGGCCCACCACCUUGGAACGACCUGCUUGGUGUGACGCCUGCGCUCACCUGGUAUUCUCCCAUGCCACGACGUGCGAGA